AUGCCAUUGGAAAGUUGGAAGACACGGUCGUUUCUUAUUGAGCUUAAACCACGAAGUGAAUUUGCUUCAAUUUUCUUAGAUUGUCCGCUAUCAGAUGAUAGUGAAGCAAGCUCCUGUAGUAAUCAACAAAUACAAAAUGAAACUACAGGAAGUAAGGAAACGGUGGAGCGGAAGGAAAUGGUACAUUUUCGUGAACAUUCUAUUGAAAUGAGUUCAAUAGUUCAACAGAGUAAAGAUGGUGUCACCGAGAUGUUGCCAUCAUGCUCUGCCAAAUUUGGUGAUCUUACCUUGUAUCCAAAUUCGGUUUGCGCACUUACUUGGGCUGACAAUCGUCGGUUGUUUAUGUGCAAAGUACGAGUCGCAGUUGGUGAAUCUCCAUUAGUACCGAAAACAUUUCAUGAAUUAGCAGUUGGUAUAUUAUCUGGGAUGCUUCUGGAUGAAUAUAUCGAGAACGCUCAAGCACUUCCUGUGCAAGCGGAAUGUGCGGAAUGCUCAGCUACUUUGUUGAAUUAUCCGAAAGAUAGUUUAAAAUUGCAAUCGUUACCGGAAGAUGGAUGGUUGAAUACUUCACCAUCUAUGGAAUAUUUUUGCCAUGAUACAUGUGGCGCUGCGUCACAUUCCCAUAGGCAUCGUGGUCCAUAUAGUUCAGAUUUGACAUGUGCCGAUGAUGCGCAGAAACAGUGGCUUCCAAAUGAAAAACGAAUAAUCUUAUCGGAUUCGCAUUUCCUAGUAUUACGGAAGAUGAUUACAUCAGGUGCAGUGACCAUUGAGGAGCCAAAUAUUGUGCUCUGUACCAAAUGUUGUAUGGAGAUUGGAGUUAUUCUCAAAAGAAACACUGACGUUGUACAGUUUCAUCAUGUCAUGUGCAAUUUGAUGAUAACUGAUAGCAGGGAAACUUAUAUUAAUACCAGAUUUGGCACGUUAGAGCACUUUUUCGCCUGGACGUUGCUAUAUCAGUGUGAGUCGCAGACAUCAGGAAAACUUAUCCUUCGAUCUUACAAUAAGCAACCACAUUUACUGAUUUGGUUAUUGGAUUCGUAUGUUGUAAUAUCACAAGGCGAGUUGAUCGAAGUUGAAGCUGAAGGAAAUGAUAAAUUGGUUUAUGCAUUUCCAGCAUUAAAAAUGCUUUACAAGAUAUUCGAUAUCGAAUCGGCUAAAACGGAUCCACGUGCUAACGGUGAGGAUGCAAGUGUAGGUAUACUAGAUAUACCAUUAACAUGUUGUGUGAAAUUAACCGAAAUGCUGCUUGAAUCAUCACUAGCUUUACCUCCAACAGGACGAAGUGUCGGCCAGUUUUACGUUGGGUUUUUAAAAUUAAAGAAUGCGAUGGAUUGA